CUGAAGUCCAUUUGGCUGCAAGUUGGACUCGCCACCUCGCCAUGGCGCUCCUGGCGAUCAUCGCCCUCGUGGCGUUCCGCGCUGUCUUGGCGGACGAGGAAUGCCUGCUGCAGCAACAAGUCUCACGGCCUGCGCCUGUGAGCGCAGCUCGCACUGCUCACACUGCCAGGAGAGUGCCUGUGAUCAUCAGCACAGAUGUAGAUGUUGAUGACAUGAUGGCCAUAGCUUAUUUGCUCUCAGAGCCCUCGAUCAAAGUGGUGGCCAUCCUCGUAGAGGCAGAUGGCUGGUCACAUCAGUGGGCUGGCGUUGAAGUACUUCUCUGACACCCAACUGAAUUUGAAGGCGCCGAGCCAGCUCCCAAGGCCCCAGCUUUUGUCUGGUAUCGACAAUCUCCUCAGCCGCUAUGUCCCAUUGCCAUUCAAUUGGCGGCCGCCCUCCUGGAUGUAUGCUUCCAAGCUGCUUCUUCGAAGCCUCCGCCGCCAACAGCACCCCGUGGAUCUCAUCGUCCUGGGACCCUUGACGAGCCUUGCGGAGGCACUCCAGAAGGAUGAGAAACUCCUCCGCCAGAAGAUCAGGCAGAUCUACUUCUCCGGUGGCCAGGUGGAUCCACCAGAUGCACCACCACCAGUGCAGCAGGUUUGGCCCUACUCUGCGGGUGGCACCUCCUUCACCGGCAACCCCCCAUUCACUGCGUGGAAUCUGUUUGCCGACCCGGUGGCCGCCAAUUCGAUCUUCUCCUUUGGCUUGCCCAUCGUCCUGGCGACCGACAGCUUUCAGUACGCUUUGCCCUUCUACCGGAAUGACACCCAGUUCAUUCCCAAGUCCUGCGGACCGAAGACUUCGGAGUUUCUGCACCAAUUGGUGGAGCAAAUCCCAAAGGCACUCAAUGAGAGCUUAAGCCUUGUGAUGUAUUGGGAUCAAAGCACAGCAGUCCUGGCCGUUCAGAUGAUCUGGGCACGGGAGCGCUACGGAGCGCAGGCAGCGCAGCAGGCCCUCCGUGCACCGGUCUGUGCCCGCGCGGGGCGGCAGCUCGCGACGAUGAUGAUGGAAGCAGGGGAUAACAGCAGCGUGAGCGGCGGGCGCUAUGCACGGCUGUUGGAGAAUGAGUUUGGAAGGCCAGUAACCUCUUGCUUGCAAUCCCACGAGCGGAAGUUUAAGACCGCCUACUACACUGGCGUGUGCGGUUUCGACGCGGAAGGAUGAAUGGGCUUUCUCAACGUCCGAGGUCACUGCAGCAGUGGCCGUUGCAGCUGUGGUGGGCCCCAGACCUUGUUUCCUCCCGGCGCUGGAGAGCAUGUACACCUUUCAAGGUCACUGCAGCAGUGGCCGUUGCGGCUGUGGUGGGCCCCAGACCUUGUUUCCUCCCGGCGCUGGAGAGCAUGUACACCUUUCAACCCUGAGCCUCGAAUAUUG